AGACUUAGCUCAACCUUACCUAUUGAAGGGUGGGGGUCAAAUGGGUAUAGAGAAAGAAAGCAAGAAAGUUCAUAGAAAAAGAUAAAAAGCUUAAAGCUUAAAAGAAAGCUGCUGUUUUCACAAAGCAAGUUCUAGCUUUUUCCCCCAUCCCCUCUUUCUUCUUCUUCUUCUCCUCUCUCUCUCUCUAUCACUACACCAUUUCAUUUGAGUAAUAAUAAAGCUGAAUGAAUGAAAUAACUCCCACUUUCAACAGGUCUGAUCAGAACCAAAACCAAAGAAGAGAUCGUGAUCAACUGAUCAUCAUCAUAAAAUUAGAUUACACUGUUUCAAAUCACUAAACAAAACUCUCUCAAGCCAUGUUGGAUUCCACCACUAUUAUUACUACUGGUCCUUCUUCUUCUUCUUCUGAAACCGCCAAUAAAAGGAAACGUCGUCCGGCUGGUACACCCGAUCCGGAUGCGGAAGUUGUUUCUCUGUCGCCCAAAACACUUCUUGAAUCUGAUAGAUAUGUUUGUGAGAUCUGUAAUCAAGGGUUUCAGAGAGAUCAGAAUCUCCAGAUGCAUCGUCGCCGACAUAAGGUGCCGUGGAAACUUUUGAAGAGGGAAUCUCCGGCUGGGGAAACUAGAAAAAGGGUUUAUGUUUGUCCAGAACCGAGCUGUUUACAUCAUGAUCCUUGUCAUGCUCUUGGAGAUCUUGUCGGAAUUAAAAAACAUUAUCGCCGGAAACAUAGUAAUAAUAAACAAUGGGUUUGUGAGAAAUGUUCUAAAGGAUAUGCAGUUCAAUCGGAUUAUAAAGCUCAUAUUAAGACUUGUGGUACAAGGGGACAUUCUUGCGAUUGCGGCCGCGUUUUCUCAAGAGUAGAGAGUUUUAUCGAACACCAAGACACAUGCGUGGUCCAAAGGCGAAUCCGUCCAGAACUUCAUCAAGCGUUGCAGCCCGCAUGUUCAUCUAGAACCGCAUCAAGCAAUAGUCAAUCAAUUAGCGACACGAAUCUAAACAUGACCACCAACUUUCAAAGGGUUCUUCCACUUCCAUCAAGUAUAAUCAAUCAAACCGAUCCAAUCUUAGAACUCCAACUAUUACCAUCGUCCUCAACAAAUUUCGCCGCUUCUCCAUCAAAAACCAAGGAAAGAAAUGCUAACACUUCGACACAUUUGAAGCUCUCGAUCGGUUCUUGCAAUGUUGAUGUGGCGACGAGGAUGAAGGAAGAGGCGAGCGAGCAGUUGAAACUUGCGAUGGCGGAGAAAGCUUACGCGGAAGAAGCGAGACAACAAGCGAAGAAACAGAUCGAAUUGGCGGAAACUGAAUUUACGAAUGCGAAGAGAAUAAGACAACAAGCUCAAGCUGAAGUGGAAAAAGCUCAACAUUUGAAAGAACAAGCAACUAAGAAAAUAAGCUCAGCUAUAAUGGAAAUCACUUGUCAUGCUUGUAAGCAAAGGUUUCAAAGUAGUAUGCCUCAAUUAGGUGAUGAUACAUCUUACAUAUCAUCAGCCAUGACUGAGGGUGAAGAAGGAGAUCAAGAAUAAUAUGGGUUUUUUUUAUUUAUUAAUUAUAUAUUAUUUUUGGGUUUUAUGGAAUUUUAUUAAUGUGUUUAAUUAUUUUUCGUAUAUGAGUUAUAUAUAAUUAAUUAAUGUUUAGUUGGUAUGCUAGAAGAAGAAGAUGUGGUGUUGGAUUGUAUAUCAAUCUAAUAUGGGGAUGAAAAGGUAAUUUAAUGUUUGUGUGGUGAACAUUUCUCUCGAUUUUAUAAAGUGAAAUUAUGGUUUGUCGA